AUGGUGAAUAACAAUUCUCCGUAUCCAUUUAACAAUUUUCCGUUCACACAUCAACCGUCGUUUCCUUAUUCUUCGAAUCCGGUCUUUUCCGGCUAUCUUACACCCGCUACAGCGGCCACUGCAGUCUCUGCAGCUGCCUCAUCGACAAGUGCGGACUGUGUUCGUAAAUCAACUGGAAGACGUGAACGCACGACGUUCAAUCCGAUGCAACUGCAAUUCCUGGAAUCCAUCUUCAAAGAAACACACUAUCCGGAUGUUUAUCAUCGAGAGCAGAUUGCCGAGAAAGUUGGUCUUCAAGAAAGCCGAAUCCAGGUAUGGUUCAAGAACAGACGUGCCAAAGAUCGUCAACAAAAACGUUUAGGACUCCAGUCAAUAAGAGCAAAUCUCUCCUCAGUUAGCAGUCAUAACAAUACCAGCACUAAUCAAACCCAAACACCACCUCCGGCUGAACCUAUUAAAACCAGUUCUACGCCACCUAAAGCCAUAUCACCUCUACUCAUUCCUGGUUCGCUGGAGUUUAAUCUUAAAGCUGCAAACAAAAUCUCCACCUUGAGUCUAAAGAACAGCACCGUCAAAGACGAGAACGACUUCACUAAGAAUGAUUUCAAGACAACUUUUUCACCAUUCGAAACUACUCCAAAUAUUGCAAGCUGGCCUCCACCUUAUCCCACUAUUACCGCACAAACCGCGUACCCAUCAAGCUACCCAAACGCCCAAUCGAGCAGUUUCAAUUUUGGUACUGGAACGACCGCUGCUCAAAACUACUAUCAUCAUCAUAAUCCAUAUCCUGCCGACUUCUACAAUCCCUAUACUCAGCCCAGUGCAGCCGCGUAUCAGUCUUAUCAAUCAAUGUUCAGCGGUUUUAACAGUGCGGCUAGCAAUGGAAUGACCGAUAUACAACGAUCAACUUUAUGA